AUGCACGAGAUUUUGUCUACUAACUCAUCAACCCAAACCUUAGAUGGCUUCUCUCCUUCCCGCUCCCUCUUCAAGCGUUGCAAAACAUGCGACUCCGUCCCGACUUGUCCGGCCUGCCCUGAUGGCCAGACCUGUACCAUGACCGCCCAGACUUGCGACAGCUGCUCCAUCACGAAAUGUGUGUCCACGUCCACCAACACCGCGCCCCCGUCUAGUGGUACCAAUGUGGGUGCUAUUGCUGGUGGUGUGGUCGGAGGUAUUGUCGCCCUGGCCGUGAUUCUUUUCCUCGUCUGGUGGUUCGUGAUUCGUAAGCGUCGCAAUGCUCAAGAAGAGAAGGACCACAGCGCCUUCAAUACCGCCCGGGACGGACGCCAGUCCACCCAAUCCAUCGCCUCUACGGUUCUCACCCGUGCCUCCAACGUCAUCCAAAUCGCCUACAUUCCAGGCGUCACCAAUCGCUCCCCUCCAGAGACCCCUGCGACGCUGGUGCCUCCCGUGCCACCCCUUCCUGGUGCUCAUCCUGAUCAGCAUUUCUUCAUGCCAGGUGAUCUGCGGGACUCCUCCUGGACCACGAUGACGGGUCACCAAAGCAUGUCGCCAACCCUGCGCAGCAGUGUUGCAACCACCGUCUACCGCAGUGACGCCAUCGUCAGCGCGACCCCCGCACAGCAGAUCCAACGUUCCCGCGCCAACAUCGUCAGCGUGCACAAUGGUCCUGGAGGCCCGGGUGCCAGCACCCUGGCCCAACCAGUUCCCGUCAUGAUCACCCCCAAAGAUGCCCCCGCCGUUCCUGCUAUCACCUCGAGCCAACUGGCCAAGGCUGGAGCAAUGGCACAGAGUGGUAGUUCCAUCGUGGCGCGCCAAGUGAUGGCCAAGCCCGUCAUGGUCCGGGGCGCAUCGGUGAAGAAGAAGGACGCACAGCCCGUUGCCAAGAAGGAGGAGCAGGCAGAGAAGAAACCGACCACCGCUGAGUCCGACGGCAGCCGCCAAUUUGACCAUCAAACGUCUACAUUCGACGGCAACUCCUCUGACGAUGAAGCCAAUGACAACGAGACACAACCGACCACCUCCUCCAAUUCACCCAAGGCCAAGACCACUUCCCCGUCUGAAGAGUCGGCCCCGAGUGCCGGCCCCUUCCAAGAUCAUCUCAGCGCAGCCGACGCAGGCUCUGUAGAUCAGAAACGCAGCUCUCGUCACAGCGACCGUACCCCACCACCCCGUGUACAGAGUCCAUUCUCUGACGACAACGAGGUCAAAUGA